UCCAUCCGGUAUGAAUCCCUAGGAUGAGCCUUUCUGGCAACUGUAUAACAGAAUCGCUUUGGGAGUGACAAAAUAAUUUAUAAGAGAAUGAUUGUUCAACUACCCUUUGAACCUAUUUACAUUCUCAAGCCAGACCAGAAGAAUUUCUUCCAUGCUGAAGCAGUUCUGUUUUGACCAUUUUGGCUACUGAUUCUGUUGUUGCAGAGUAGGAGGUAAGAAAUGGAGAACGAAACAAAGAGAAGGGGUCACUUGGUACUAGUACCAUGCCCCUUGCAAGGCCACCUAAGCCCAAUGCUUCACCUGGCCACCCUUCUUCAUUCCAGAGGCUUUUCCAUCACCAUUGUUCACACAUGCUUCAACUCUCCCAAUCCUUCCAACUAUCCGCCUGACUUCAACUUCCAGCCCAUCUCCGAUGGCUUAUCUGAUGGUGAAGAAGUGUUCAACAGGGGCUUGGUCCCUUUUGCAAUGGAGCUUAAUCUCAACUGUGAAACGCCAUUCAGAGAUUGCAUGACUCGGAUGCUAUCUGAUGACCUGCAAAACACAGUCGUGUUCGUCAUAUAUGAUUCUGCCAUGUACUUUGUGCACACAGUUGCCAAUGAUUUGAAGGUACCCACGAUUGUCUUACGAACAAGCAAUGCAACCAGUUUCAUAGCCUUUACGAUUCUCAUGCAUAAGGGUUGCUUACAAUUUGAAGAUAAUGAUCAGCUGGAUGAACCAGUUGCCGAGCUUCCAUUUCUUAGAAGUAAAGACCUUCCACGCCUCGACACAUCCAGCACAGGCUGCACAGCAUUGCUCCAUGAAGUAAUGUCUCACACUAUCAACGCAACGAAGACUGCUUCAGCUCUCAUUUGGAAUACAUUCGACCAUCUUGAAUCAACUACUCUGCAAAAAGUUCAGCACGAUCUUCAGGUCCCUGUUUUCCCAAUAGGCCCUCUCCAUAAAUGCUCUCCAUCUUCUUGUACCAGCUUGUUGGCAGAGGAUAGGAGCUGCAUUGGCUGGCUAGAAACACAAGCGCCUAAGUCUGUCAUCUACAUAAGCUUUGGAAGUAUAGCCACCAUCAGUGAAUGUGAACUGGUGGAGAUGGCCUGGGGUCUGGCCGCAAGUGAGCAACACUUCCUGUGGGUAGUUCGACCUGGCAGUGUCUGUGGCUCCAAAUGGGUCGAGCUGCUUCCCCCAGAGUUUGAAACAAAAACAAGUGCAAGAGGCCUGGUGGUCAAAUGGGCACCCCAGCAACAAGUAUUGGCACAUGAAGCCAUUGGAGGGUUUUGGACUCACGGUGGGUGGAAUUCAACAUUGGAGAGCAUAUGUGAAGGGAUCCCUAUGCUUUGUCAGCCUUGCUAUGGAGACCAGAGGGUUAAUGCCAGGCUGGUGAGCCAUGUGUGGAGGGUGGGCAUGCAGCUGGAGGAUAGGUUGAAGAGAGAACAGAUAGAGAAAGCAAUAAGAAGGCUAAUGGUUGGUCAGGAGGGAUUGGAAAUGAGAGAGAGAGCUAUGGUUCUGAAGGAGAAAGUAGAACUUUCUCUAAAGAAAGGAGGUCUUUCCUACCAGUCAUUGGAGAAGUUGACAGAUUUUCUCAUGUCACCAUAGUUUGCCACUGGUCUAGAUCGAUCUCCUUGAUUGUAUUUGUGCCCGGCAGCAUUAUUUCACAUAUGCUUCAGUUUAGUAUCUCUUUACUAAAGAAGUAAGAACACUUCCUAUAGUUUUCACACAUUUACUGAAUCCUACCCUAUAUUUAGUUGGCAUUUUACUAGAACACCCCAUAUAGUUUGCAACUGAUUUACUUAAUUGACCUUCCAUUAAAACCCAUUUGUAUUGUCAUCUAGAAAUGGUGAAGUGGUCAUCUAAACUGAGUGAAAAAUGUUUAAGGGCAUGGGCCAUUGGGCCCAAGGUUUCUUAUUCUGAAAGUACCCCUAUCACUUCAUAUCAAGCUUUUAGAAAUAAAACUCUCCCCCACAACAGAACUUGAUUGGAGAAGAUGUUGAGUGCACGUGACUGAAAAAGAGAUGUCAAUCAUGGUGAUUUCUCCUUCAGGUGAUCCAUGUUUAAUUUACAGGAUACAAUAUUGCAUCCGUCGUUAGAACUGUAACUUCAUUGUGACAACUCUUCUUCAUCUUUUUGUUGAUGGAUAAGAGAGUUUGCUCAUGUUUUACCAAGGACAAGAAUGCUAUUUUCAUUUUUAUUUUCUUUUUA